GGGACAGAAAUCUCGAAGAACCUCAGUUACUGCAAGGCUGGCUGCUGGCUCCACUCGAUUCUGUGCUGGCAUUGUGAGCACAGUCAGGCACUUGUCCAUAGAGCUGAAGAUGGCUGACUAUUCAAACAAGCUGUAUCAGCAGUUAGAACAAGAGACUGGAAUCAAAACAGGUUACGUGAAGACAGGCUCUAUCUCACUGGCUCAGACUCAGGAUCGACUGAUCUCCCUGAAACGCAUUGCCUCAAGGCUCAGUGUAAUGGGGAUACCUUGUGAAAUCAUGGCUCCAAAACAAGUGGCACAACUACACCCACUAAUCAACAUUCAUGACCUGGUGGGUGCCAUGUAUGUGCCAGAGGACGCAGUCGUAUCAUCUGUCGAUGUGAGUCUUGCUCUGGCAAAUGCUGCUUCUCGAAAUGGUGUCCAGAUCCAUGAGCGGACAAGCAUCAGCCAUGUCAUGAUCCAAAAGGGUUGCGUGACUGGAGUGGAGACUGACAGAGGACAGAUUGAAUGCCAGUAUUUUGUCAACUGUGCUGGGCAGUGGGCCUACGAGCUGGGUCUUUCCAAUGAGGAGCCGGUCAGUAUCCCACUGCAUGGCUGUGAGCACUUCUACCUCUUGACACGUCCCUUGAAGAAGCCACUAGAGAGCAACACACCAACUAUCGUGGACCCAGACGGCAGGAUCUAUAUCCGCAGUUGGCAAGGUGGCAUCCUCUCAGGGGGCUUUGAGAAGAACCCCAAGCCCAUUUUUACUGAGGGCCGAAACCAGCUGGAGAUUCAGAAUCUGCAUGAGGACUGGGAUCACUUUGAGCCACUGCUGAGUUCUCUUCUGCGGAGGAUGCCAGGGUUGGAGGCUCUGGAGAUCAUGCAGUUAGUGAACUGCCCAGAAUCCUUCACUCCAGAUAUGCGGUGCAUCCUGGGAGAGUCACCCACGGUACAGGGCUACUUUGUCCUAGCUGGAAUGAACUCCGCUGGCACCUCUUUUGGUGGAGGAGCAGGCAGGUACUUGGCUGAGUGGAUGGUAAAUGGUUGCCCAUCAGAAAAUGUUUGGCCACUGGACCUGAAGCGCUUUGGUGCCCUUCAGAGCAGUCGCACCUUCCUCCGUCACCGUGUCAUGGAAGUAAUGCCCCUGAUCUAUGAUCUGAAGGUUCCCCGCUGGGAUUUCCAGACUGGCAGGCAGUUGCGUACUUCCCCUCUCUAUGAUCGCCUGGAUGCUCAGGGAGCCAGAUGGAUGGAGAAGCAUGGAUUCGAGAGACCCAAGUACUUUGUCCCACCAGGGAAAGAUCUAUUGUCAUUGGAUCAGAGCAAGACCUUCUACAAACCAGAUUGGUUUGACAUUGUGGGGUCAGAGGUCAAGUGCUGUAAGGAGGCUGUGUGUGUAAUUGAUAUGUCAUCUUUUACCAAGUUUGAAAUAAGCUCCACAGGGGAUCAGGCACUGGAGGUUCUGCAGUAUCUCUUCUCAAAUGACCUGGAUGUGCCAGUCGGGCACAUUGUGCACACAGGCAUGCUCAAUGAAGGAGGAGGGUAUGAGAAUGACUGCAGCAUUGCACGAUUAAACAAGCGCAGUUUCUUCAUGAUUUCUCCUACUGACCAGCAAGUCCACUGCUGGGCCUGGCUCAAAAAGCAUAUGCCUAAUGACAGUAACUUGCUCUUGGAGGAUGUGACCUGGAAGUACACCGCUCUCAAUCUGAUUGGCCCUCGUGCAGUGGACGUGCUGUCAGAAUUAUCCUAUGUCCCGAUGACUCCAGAACACUUCCCCUCUCUCUUUUGCAAGGAAAUGAGCGUGGGGUAUGCUAAUGGGAUCCGUGUGAUGAGCAUGACACACACAGGAGAACCUGGAUUCAUGCUAUACAUCCCUAUAGAGUAUGCUCUGCAUGUGUACAAUGAGUUGAUGAGCGUGGGACAGAAGUACGGGAUCCGGAAUGCUGGCUAUUACGCACUACGCAGCUUACGCAUUGAAAAGUUCUUUGCGUUCUGGGGCCAGGAUCUGGACACUUUCACCACCCCUUUGGAAUGUGGACGUGAAUUCCGGGUGAAACUGGACAAGGGGACUGAUUUCAUAGGCCGGGAUGCACUGAUGCAGCAGAAGCAGGACGGUGUGUGCAAGCGCUUCACCAUGUUCAUUCUGGAGGAUCAUGACACAGACCUUGAUCUCUGGCCCUGGUGGGGAGAGCCCAUUUACCGCAAUGGCCACUACGUGGGCAAGACCACCAGCAGUGCUUACAGCUACACCCUGGAGCGCCAUGUCUGCCUGGGCUUUGUGCAGAACUUGGACAAGGAAACCAGGGAGGCAUUGGUGGUGACACCCGACUUCAUUAACCGGGGCGAGUAUGAGAUUGACAUUGCUGGGCAACGCUUCCAGGCUAAGGCCAAGCUCUACCCAUUCAGCUCCCUCUUCACACAGCGUCGCCGCAAGGACGAGAUGGAAUUGAGUGGCUACCAUGGGAAGUAGAACCACCUGGCCCCACCCCUUCUCCAUAACUGGAGUCUCUGUCACCAUCCUCCUCUCCUUCCCCACAGUCUCCCUCAUUCUUCAACCCAUACAGUUCCGCUUCCUCUUCCCCUUGCUCUUUUCAUUUUUAAACUUAUUGGGUGUGUGACAUUUUGUACGUUGUAGAACUAAUUUUUCAAACCCUUUCACCCCCUCAUCCAGUCUCUCUCUCUCUCUCUCUCUCGCCCCCUUAUGCCUUCCUGUGCCAUGUUCCCACACCUCACUUCCCCUGUGGCAGCAGCAUGGUGUUGAGUGUACAUCUGAAAGCCCAUAUGGGAGCAAGCACCUCCAGAAACCCUAGGCUGUACCCCAAUGGUUGUUGAGAGGGAUGCAAGUGAAGUCUUGAGGACGGUACCCCUCCCAUUCCCCUGUUGCCUGCAGCCUAGAACAGUAGGUGUUUGCUGGCCUGUAGCUCUGUUUUCCUGUCCCCUGGCUAAACCCUUUGGUGUAACCUCACCUGCUGGUUGCAGUGGAGAGACCAGACCUACCAUAGGGUGCACACAGGGCCAAAUAAAGAGGUUCCUUCUUGCAAGCCAGUUCCUCUGAGAUCCUCCAGUCCACAAUUCAAAGGGGUCAGUGCAUUGAUGCACAGAGCAAUAGAACAAUCAGCUACCUCAAUGGCACCACACAAGGCGCAACAGCAACAUUGUGUGACCAGCGGCGAACGGGCAGGUUUUGGUGGGUUCCAGGCCAUCACUGCCCUCCUCUUUUUCCCUUCCAGGGUGUGAGUCUAAGAGGCUUGAUCAUGAGGCUGUGCAACUGACAAAAUAGCGCUGAUAAGUUUCCUCUUCUGUGUUGAGUCACUGAAAGGGAAUGGCUUUUUCUGAGUAAGUGAAGAUCAACAUAUGUGCUUCACUCCUACAAGGGGGCAGAACAUUGUAUUUUUAUUCUUAGUGAAAAUGUCUCUCUCCAACAAAAACCGAGACACUAGACUCUUGGCUACUUAUGGCACUAUUGCAAUGGUGCUUUUGUUUCAGCUGCAAAGUGGAUUCUCUGUGGAUUCUCCUUCUUUCUCCUUUGUUUUGCUUCAUGUGUUUGAGCAAGCACACUUGUCUGGCUUACACACCAAGCAUUAGAGUUGGCUGUGAGGAUUGUGUUUGGGAAACUAGAGCAGAGAAAGGGAUGGAGUCUUGCAUUUUCAGCCAGCAGCCUUAAAACAACAUACUGCUGACCACUUGGAGAUUAGAGUUGAGGUCCCAGUUUGGUUCCUUGAACCUAUGGUGCUCUGAGUGCUGCAGAGGCAAAACACUAUGCUCCUGGUAAGGGUGGCAAUGUCUCUCAGCUAUGCCCAUUGGCCCAUAGCAUGUCUCCUGCCCUUCUCAUCAGAUCUGUUGCAUUCAUAUCUUCCCCAUCACAAUAUUACCUGGUUGAAGGUAGUUGAUUCACUAUGCAGGGCCCUGCGGUUAGAAGAGGAAGUGAGUAAGGAUCUUUGAAUUGUCUUGCCUCAGCAAAAUCUCUCUGCACAGUCAUCAUGCAGAAACUCACACAGACACUCCAGACUACAGAGCGGCGAUCCACCCACUCUGAAGCUGACAGCUCUGCACUGAUGGCAAAUAGUUAUAAUGGAAUGGGAAAGAAAGUAGAUGAAGAAUGCUAAAUUGUAUCUUAUGGAUUUGUCUCUUAAAUUCUUCCUCCUCCCGUUAUCAGCUAGAUCAUAGUAAUGCAUUUUCCCUUCCCUUAUUUUAAAAUUAUCCAUUAAAACAUCUCCAGUAAACCCCCCUGCCACACACACACGCUCUCUCUUCUGGUUCCCCCACUCUGUGGUUCUCACAGCCCUUCCACCAAAGCUAGCAUCUUUCUGUCUAGGAAGUAGCACCGUUUGAGAUUGAUGUCUGUGAUCACUGAGCUAGCUGAAUUGUUUGUCUUUGAGCCAGAAUUUUACUUUGCUUUGGCACUCGCUUUUCCUGUCAUUGGGUGAGCAUCAGUAAUGUUAUAUAUAAGUACAGCACUACUCAAGACCUGGCUUGGAUUCCUGUCCUUUGAAGUUUUUCUCCUUUCCUGGCUUCCAUCAAGUCUUUGUCCUGCUAGUGUAGAAGUGGUAAUGUCCCAGACCUUGCCUCCCAUACACUGGAAGCUGGCUUUUUACUGCUGCUGCUGGGGGUAGGAAGAGAGGGAAGCUGGGAGACUGACACAUUUUAAUUGUAAAGAACUGGUUGCCAGGGGAGGCUUCCCAAAUAGUAAAGAGCUGUGCAGUUGUCACAGCUUUUGGGAGUGGAGCACUGGGAAGGGCAUGGACUAGAGAAGGAAUUGGAAACUCAAAUGACAGCACUUCUUGGCAGGGUCUCUGUUGGCAGGCAGGAGGCAACACGGAAUGGGGUCUGCAUUGUGGUAGGACAUGGAUACACUUGCUGUGGAUGGCUGUUUUCUUCCUGCAGUGGCCCUCUGUGCUGAAUAUGGCUUCCUUUGUAAAUGGCAGUUAAUACUGUUCUAAAAGAAUAAUAAUAAUGUUGUCUCCUUCAGGAUCCCAAAGUGACUUUCAAGUUUAUUCCCAUGAAUAACUUCCCUCAUGACUUGAAAUGCAACCACAGUUGGGGUAGAACAUCACAGCCAUUUGACAGGACACAGAAGCAGUACUGGGCAUAGUAGUUUACUUGUGGAGGGAAUAUUAUACCUGGUUAAUACUGUUUAGCUAAAAUUACUCUAGCAGCGUUAUCACCUGAAUUGGAAUUUGGCCAGCAUACAGGGCUAGCACUUCAGUUUUAACUUAAUGUGCCAUAAGGUCUGUCAUGACAAAGUGAGCAGGGUCUUUGUUUUACGGCCACCUCAUAACGUUUACAUCUCCCAAGCUGGGGCAUUUGUUCAGUACUGAUUCAGAAGAACACCACCUAGUAAAUCCACUAAUACAACUUCCUGCAGCACGUGUGGUUCUCCUUAGAAGUCUCCUACAAAGUACUGAUCAUCCUGAUCUGUCUUGCGUUAUCUGGCUCAUUGCUGUGUCUUUGUUAUAUAGACUAUGGCUGAUGACCCACAGGAGGUUAUUACUUAGUACCUGGCAAGGUUAAAGAAAACUUCUCAGCCUCCCCUUACUAUAUAGCACCAGGGCAGUUCUGCAGUGGAACGCAUCAGUCACUUUACACAGUCAGUGCUACAUAACAGUUUAGGAGGGAAAGUGAAAAAUAUUUUAUACCACAGUGGAGAAUUGUGAGUAGACUGAGUAUAACUAUCUGAGUUUGAAUUGGACCAGGACACUCUUCACUUUCUUAGGAGGAGUGUUAUAGUGUGGAACUUUUAAUGACCACAGUUGGUCAGGAGCACACAAAAAUCCAGCAUCUAUUAGUCUCACAGCAAUAAGGAAUCCCUGAAGAAGAGCAUUUUUUAAAAUAGCUUCCCCAUCCCAAAGUGGUCCAUGCCUAGGAAGAUAAACUUGUCUGCGUAGCAUGGGUGACCUUUGCCCUUUUGCAGAGUUAAUAGCUACCUUUCUGUCCAGGUCUGUUUAACCCUGAAGUACCCACAUAUGGUAAUGUGGAUGGCUGUUUGGCAUGGUGUCAUUCCAUCCAUGUCUGUCUCUUCCUGCUGGGAUGGUUAAGUGUUAGCCUCUGUGCCUGUGCUCUUUGAAGUCUAGCCUUUUCUGUGGUAGAUUUUAUUUUCCCUUUGUGCUGCUGACGAAUACUUUGAUUUUGACAACUUGAGUGCUUGCCAGCGGACAGUCACAUGAUGGAUUGUGAAAUACCGUACUAGGCACCAGGGUCAUGCAAGGAGCUUCUACCUUUUCCAUAAUGCUUUCAUACCCUGAAAGGGGAACUACGGUGUAAAGAUUCUACCUAUUGUGUCUAGUUACAAAGAAUAAAGUGCAUAAGGGAGAAAAAAAUAACAAGUUUGGAAGCUGCCAUCUUGGCUUUGAUGAAAAGUAAGACUGAAAACAACAACUCAUUUAAAAGCAAUGAGAAUCUGAGCUUCGGAGAUGUUGUAACACACAGUUCCAGUGCUGUCUGAUAAAGUUGGCAUUUUCAGUCCUCCUUGACACCACAAGACUGGAAAAAAUUUAAGGAUCCCUUCUUCAUAUUCAUUCUCCCCCUCUUCCCCUCCCCAUAACAUAUGCAGCUGUGGAUCACACUUUCAGAGAUACUUCCAUCCCUAGAUUUCUGGGGCUGUCCCUUGGUGCUCUGCAAAGCUGGCUGCUCUUUCAGGAUUCCCUUUGGGAACCCUCUUCACCCCAGGACCCUGUUCCUCUCUCUCUCUUCUCUGUCACUCUCCUCUUUGGCUGAGCUCAUUGGCUAUACCAUGGUCUCUUACAUCACUUCUGUGCUGAUGACUCUCAAUCUGCCUCUGCCCAGUACCUCCUCCAGGAUAUCUAGCCAUCUCCUCAAACUUAACAUGACUAAGUCUUCUCUUUACCUCUCCUUUUCCAUCUCCCUUCCCCUCUUUUCACAUCACACUCUCCUCCUACCCAUCCUAGCUCACAGCCUCUACUAUCUUUGACUGCUCUGUUUUUCUGCUGUUCUCUCAUCCAAGUUCUCACCAAGUCCAGUGGCUUUUCCCUUUGUAACGCAUCUUCAUUCUUCCCUGCACUGCCAAAAUCCUGUUUCAUGCCUUGUUCUCUGUGACUACUGUAAGUGCCUUCUCCUUUUCAAUGUAUCCACAGUGCUUCCUUUCCUAAACUCCAACCAAGUCCAUCCCACAUCCCUUUAUUGGUCUUUCUGCAUAAAGUUCAAACUCCUCAGCUUCAAGAUGCUACGCAACUCUGCCCCUACCUGCACCCCACGCCGCCCUCUGCCCUCUCUCUUUUUUUAGUUCUCCCUUUGUCUCCUCCCAAUCCUUCCUUCAUGCUGUUUCUCAUGCUGCCCACACCCUCCAUGUCUGCAGUGACUUUCCUUUGUCAGUGGCACACAGCAUCCCUCUGCAUUCAGAUCCCUGCUUUCACUCCAGCUAUCUCAGCUGGUUUUCCAUCCACCAUGUGUUUUUUAUUUUCCCUACUCUGUUCUCAGAUGUAACAUUCUGAUUUUUCCAAGAUUCACUCUCGACAUUUCACCCUUGUUCAUUCCUCCCUCCCCAACCUGUUGUGAUUUCCAGAAUUCAUCUUAAUAGUUGACGAGGUCUCUCGGCCAAGGGAGCAUGUCUAUUUUCUGUGAGGCUCCAUGCAGAUUUACGGUGCUAGAUGCCCACUGAAUAAUAAUGACGAAUGCAGACAUUCACUUUCCACCAUAAACUUCUCUCCCUUGCCUCUCCUUUUACUAGAAGGAAGUCAAGCCAAAUCAGAGGUUGUGAUGGAACUGCUUGCGUAUGCAGAGCUUGGAGUAUCGGUCUCAUUAAAAGGCAAAUUCAUGCAAGCGGUGCCUAAUUCUAAGGAGGUAACAUCAACAUCUGUAAGCCCAGUAUUGGACCUACUCUUUUGUCAUUCAUAAAUUUUCCAAUCGCACAUCUGUUUUGUUCUUUAAAAAAGUUCAGAAGCCCUACAAAACAAACCAAUAUCUAGGGGUGAAAAAGGAAAGUUCCUUCCAAAUGCAAAAGUUUUGCUUAUUUUUAAAACAAAGGCUUAUAUCCUGAUGGGUACAGAAAAAUAUUCAUAAUUUUUCAGAUUUUGGUCAUCCCAGGUUAUUUUUCUAAUAUUUAUUAUAGUGCCUAUGGAGGCAAACAUUUUGGCUAAGUUUGGGAAGGGAUUUCAGUUCUAGUCACCUCUCUUCAGUCAUCACACACGUGCAUGUCUGUCUGUCUGUCUCUCUCUCUCGAUUUGUAAGGGGAGAAAACCUAAUGCCAUUUAAGUCAAAUUAAUUCAGCUGUUUGGGUUAAGGAAAUCAAUUAAAUCUUAUUUUUUACACUUAAAAAGAAUAAACUUGCUCAAACAAUUGAAUAUUAAAAACUUGGUAUGCUCGUAGUCCUCAGUGAGCACAAUCCAUGUUUGAGGAAGGAAUACUUAGCAAGUCUGUAAAUGUCUUAAUGCUUUACAUUAGAUGUUUGUGCACAGGCAGUGCAUAUUGCUUGCUUUGUUACUGCAUGUACUGUACUUGCAGAGCAGGCACAAAUGCCAGCAGGGGCUGUUGAGUAAACGCUGAAGGGGUUGAAAGUUCCCAGAGUGCAUUCCUUUGCUGCAGAAGUUGAAUUUCCCAAAAGUGCUGUGGGAAUUAAAUCAGUAGGGAAACACUUAGUCAGAGGCACAGUUUCCAUUUUUGAGCAAAUGUCAGUAGGUAACACUUUUUUUUCCCCCAAAAAGUGGAAUUGUGCAAUUAAAGGGAACAGAAAAACACCAGUGUAACUGUCAUUAAGGUCCUUUGUUUAAAGAAAAGAGCCUCCUCUGGCGUAAAAUGUGCUUCACAGCAGGGCCCUGUUGCUUUCCAGCUUUUAGAAAACAAAAUGAAAUUCUCCAUCUGAAUGUUGCAUUACUGUAGGCUUUAGUGUUUACACACCAAGCCAGGGCAUUCAGGAGUUAAGGCUUUCAGAGCAACAUGAACUUCACCAUGUUGCUCUUUUGUCCAGUCUCUUUGUUUAUUCAGGUAACUUCUGGAUUUCUUGACUCUUGUAUAUUUAAAUACUUCACUUUAUUACAUUACUAAUGUGAAGGCUUGCAUUGGAAUUGCAAAAUAAAGUGUGCAAUAUUUCUAUAUUGCUGGUAUAACAGUUCCUGUCUAAGAUGAUUCACCUAAGAAGGUAUGUGCAUCAAGGGAGAUCAUGAAGGUUACAGAGAGAAAGGUACGCAUGAUUGUAUAUGAACAGCUUCCUCACCAAAUGACAACAAACAACUGAUCUUGCCAAGUAUGUGUUUGAUACCCACCUCUGUUACAAAUACAGUGGUUAUCCGGGAGCUGCCUCCACAUGCUUAUGGCGCAGUUCUGUUAUGUAGCCUAGAAGGGACAAUCACGGGCUCUUGCAUCUCUUAAGGACAUGGUCAAGAUUCCUUCUAUGCUACAAAAUCUUUUAAGUGUGGUGGGAGCCAACUGGAUCCUCUUGACUGGACCUAGCUCUGAUUCUGUUCCACUGGUAUAAUUGCAUUUACACCUUUUACUGAGUGCAAUUCUACUGUGGUAGGGUCAUGUGUCGAUGCGGAUUCAUCUCUCUGGGGUCCAAAACUGGCUGUCUUGGCUGCUGUUAUGGCUACAGAGAAAGUUGAAUAGAGGUCUGGUCACAUGUACUCUCUCAGAAGAGCAGUGAUGCAAGCUCUAUCUGAGGGAGGCAAACUUACUCCUGACACUGAGGAUUGAUCUCUACAGCCUAGCUCCCAGGCAUGCAGUUUUCUCACAGUUUCAUAGCAUGCUUAGUGAUGUUUCGCUGGCACCUCUCCCUCCAGAACAUGGUGUCUGCUGUCAGAUCUGCUAAUGGAUUGGCCCAAAUAACAGUCUGAGUGAAAUGUUUAGUUAGGGCCUGGAUCAUCAUUUAUGUAAGCAGCCUUCUUCCUCUUUGCCUGAUCUUUACCUCAGGCUCUGGAUAACAUUUGGUUACAGCUGCUUGAACUUGGCAGCCCACACUGUUACUGAUGCACUGUUUUUCCAGGGAACUGAGCUGUACUGUGCAAGGACUUCUGCUUUCCCUGCUUAACUCCAGAGUUGCACCUUGUACAGCACAAAACAUGACAGUUCUUUCCUGAGCAGAGACUGCCACCCUCAGAACUGCACACAGAAUUAGGCAUACUUUCUUUGGGUGACUCUUAUUUUCAUUCUCAGUGGCACCUUCAAUUUGUUUGUCCAUCAGAAUGUCAUCCCUUCAUAACCAUCUGCGCUCCCCCCACCCGCCCAAACCAAGUUUAUAGGGCUAGGUGAACUUUUUUUAAAAAAUGUGCCAUCAUUUCUCCUGCAGAACAAGAAUUGGAGAUUUGAAGCUGUGAAAACAUUUAUAGUCUCACUAUUUUCUAGUGCCUUACACUUAUGAAUGUUGUGUAAUGGAUGCAUCUGAUGCAGGAGAGAGCCACAAUCAACUAUGUUAACAUGAUUCCUCAGCCAUUACAAACCACCACCUCUCCUCUUCCAAAGAGAAUGUGUUUCAGCAGGUGGAUAUAAAUGGAUCAUUUCUAGGAGUACAAAUUAUGCUUUUAAUUGCUUUGAACUCUUGGGAUGUAGAAAAUCUCAGUGUUGUUACUGUACUAUAUUGUCUGCCUUUGUGGAGAGCAGCAGCCUCACCUCUUUUAAAGCAUUUAGAGUGAGAAUAUAUUUUCGGAGACACAGAAACCCCUUUAGUAAUUGGAUCCAGUUCCGGGAGACCUAAAUGGAUGUUCCCAAGUACACAAGAAAAGGUGGGCUUGCUGUUCUCCACCAGUGCCAUGUUAUUACCUACUUUGUAUGCUGUAUUUAUAUCAUGCUGUGUUUCAAUUAAUAAUUUCCAUCCUUGUUGUUUUGCAGAUUACUAGAUUUGUAUAUUAAUAAAGAGACAUUUUAACUA